CCCAAGUGUUUCAACUAACGGUCCGCCGAUCCGCCCACAAAUUUUGACGCCGGCCGGUGGACGCCACGCAACGCCGGCAAAGUCUCCGGCCAGCACCCGUCCACCACGCGUGCUCCGGUCUCCGCCACGCCGCGCUGUCGCCGUGAUCAGGAGAGGAGAGGAGAGGAAAGGAAAAAUAAACCGUGGCAGCCCCCCCACACGCCACGCCAGCCUCUGCUCUGCUCCCGUCUCCUCCGCGCUCUGCUCUUCUCCCUCCUCCCCGCGACUCCGCCCCCACUAGGGUUCUGCGAUCUCUCGCUUGCGUUCGGCUCCGCGAGGCAACCCGCUCGAGAUGGUGGAGGUGGUGGAGGUCGGGAACAAGAUGCAAUCGCAGAUGCGUGUCCAUUCGGAGUCGGAGGGCGACGCCGACCUCCCCCUCCCGGCCCUCUUCGACAAGGCGUCGCGGCUCCACUCCCUCGCCUCCGACUCCUCCCUCGACCAGGAAGGGAUCCGGAAGGGGGUCGAGCUGCUGCGGCGUUGCGAUGAGAUGGUCGGCAAGCUCGGCCUCUUCUCCCGCAACGAGACCAAGGACGACGUCUCCACGGCCAACCUCAAGUACCUACUCGUACCAUACUACCUUGGGGAAAUGACUGAGAAUGUAGUGCAGGAGGACCGGACUUUGAUCCUCAAGGUGUCGCAGGAUCAUUUGAAGGAGUUCAUUUCUAUCUGUGAGGCAUUGGAGCUUAUACCAGAGGACGAGCUCGAAUUGUCUAGACAGAAGCAGCCUGAUGCUGCAGCAAACCGAAGAGCACAAAAGAUUGCCCGGUUCAACCGUCAAAAGGCUGUGCAAACAAAGCUCCAGGAGAUCAAAGAGAGAAAAGAAAGGCGUGGGCGGUCAUUGAGAGCAGCUGCUUUAUCUGCCCCCAUUGAAGCUGGUGAGGAAGAUGCCCUGGAGGACAAUGGAGAGGAAGAAAGAGAGGCUUGGUUAGCUACUAUCUCAUUGGCUCUCUGCAAGGCUUUCGAUCUCCUCGACAUGCAAAAGAAGGAAGAAGAAAUGCUUCUAGCUGUAAAAGAAAGACUGGCAAAGGAUGGGAAUGCAUUUGCUCGUGAAAUGCUUGAUGAACGUACAAAAAAGGCUGAAGCAUGGCACCAUAAUGCUGCCAACCGUGCACCAUAUUCCAAACCAGCUGAUCCAAUCACUUGCGCAACUUUUGCUCAAGACGUCAUUGAAGGUAGAGCUAGUGUUUCACAAGGUCAUGAGCACAAACACCAACCCCUGAUAUUUGGACCUGCAAGUCUUGUUGGUGGGGGACUAACCGGUGAAAGGGAAAGGACGGCAGCACAAGUUUUUCAGCCAGGUUACAGGAUGCCAACAAUGAGCAUAGAAGAAGCUGGUUUGCGUGAGAUGAAAAUGAUGGAGAAAUGGCAAGAAAGGACUGCUAAGAUGAUUCAAGAAACGAACUCCGCAUGGUAUAAGGAUGGCACUAGCUCAGCCCAAGAGGAUGAGGAUACCGAAGAGGAGAAAGCAAGAGCCUGGGAUGACUGGAAGGAUGACAAUCCUCGUGGUGCCGGCAACAAGAAGCUCACUCCCUGUGGGUAAACUGCAAACUGUGUGUACUGUAUUGAAACUCCACUUGUGACGGAUGUUCAUGUAGAUGAUAUAAUGUUUGAUUUUGUAAUAUGAUGCCAAUACUGUGCAAGUCAGCAAGUGCAUUGGCUCUAUGCAUGUACUAUUGAAAUUUAAAAUAGCA